UGCCUGGAGCCCUGCAAAGAGGCCUAUUCCACGGAGAUGAAGAGGAAAAGUAACUGCAGAGAGCUGUGUGAGAGGGUGUUUCCCAAGAAGCACUGGGAGUGUAUGACGAGCUGCGAGUUCCUUCAGUCGGUGCUGGCGGUGAAGCAGGGCAGCUGUCCGCCUCCAGAAAAAGCCAGCGGUUUUGAAGCAGCCUGCGUGGAGAGCUGUGAUCACGACCGAGAAUGUCCCGCUCAGAAAAAGUGCUGCACCAACGGCUGUGGCCACACCUGCCAGCCUCCCAAAAACCUCUACAACGGUGCUCCUCUGAAGCCGAGGAAGGAGCUCGGCUUUGAGGAGCUCUCGUCCGGUCAGCUGGAGGUGCGCUGGUCCUCCCGCUUCAACAUCUCAGCUGAGCCCGUGGUCUACGUCCUGCAGCGGAGGUGGAACUUUGGCAUCCAGCCCAGCGAGGACGCUGCCACCCCCUGGCUGGUGGUUGCACAG